AAAGGUGGACCUUUAACUCAGAAGUUAUCAUUAGCUCUUCAGUGUCGCAACAAGAAGUUCUUAGUAGUUUUCACUUUGCUCUUGGCUUCGGCCUACGCUUCGCCAGUACUUUACCAACGCCAGUUGGAAGCUGACGUUUUGGAGGACAGCCUGGAAGGACGUAUCACCAAUGGCCAACUCGCUUCUCCUGGUCAGUUCCCGUAUCAAGUUGGACUCUCAUUGAAAGUGAACGCUCUCUCGUCAGCCUGGUGUGGUGGUUCUUUGAUUGGACAAAACUGGGUCCUUACCGCUGCUCACUGCACUGAUGGUAUUCAAGCCGUGACUGUCUACUUGGGUGCAACUGUGCAAUCAGCCGAAAUUCCAUUCACCUUCUCCAAGAGCGAUAUUAUCAUACAUGUAGAUUGGAAUUCCAAAAAAAUAAGGAACGAUAUUUCUCUCAUCAAGAUCCCAGCCAUUUCCUACUCCAGCCGUGUACAACCUGUGAAACUGCCUUCAAUCUCGAACUCCUACUCGACCUAUGUUGGAGAAACCGCUAUUGCCUCCGGUUGGGGACGCAUCAGUGAUUCAGCUACCGCUGUGACAAACGAAUUGCGUUAUGCUUACGUACCAAUUGUUGCCAACUCUGUCUGUGCCAAGACUUAUGGCACUUCGUCUGUGACUGCUUCCAACAUCUGUAUCUCCACCGACGGUGGUGUGUCCACUUGCAACGGUGACUCUGGUGGCCCAUUGGUUGCGGUAUCCUCCAACGUACAGAUCGGUUUGACUUCCUUCGGAGCUCGUGCCGGCUGCGCUAAAGGUUAUCCAGCUGCAUUCACCCGUGUGACCAGCUACUUGGAUUGGAUUAAGGCCAACACCGGCAUUUCCGCUUAAGUUUGGAACUGACACAUUUGCAUAUAGUUAAACGAUUACGAAUAAAAUAAAUCAUUUUUAUAAACAAAAUAACUAACA